CACAUAUCUAUACAAGAGUUUUCUACCUGUCCUUAGAACGAAGAAUUUCAGUUUCAGACAUAGUCAUAGCCUCUCUAAUCUUACUACACUGCUGACUUGUUCGACAUAUUGUACUGUUUAUUCCUUGUGCAUUUUGUGUGUGCUUUAUUUCUCUGACUCGAUUAUAACAAAGUGUCCACAGUGCAUGACAGAUCAAACAUGGCUACGAGUAAUAAACAAGGUGAAAAUUUGCAUGUCUCCCAUAAUACCAAACAGCAGAUGAUUCUACAGCAUAAAAAGCGUCCAGACUGCUGCACAGUUAUGAAUACCACACAGGAACUGUUGAUUGAACAAGAUGAUUUUCAGCAUGGCAUAGACGGAGCGGAAGUUGUAAACACUGUGACUGAAGAAUUGGAAGCUAAUCAAAUAAUAUGCUGUGAUGAGGCACGUGAUUCCUUGAAGUCGUAUGAAGAUAAUGAAAUAAAGAGUGAGUCGGUUAUAGGACCCACAGUUGCACAAGGAGUGACCAUCUUUGGAACUACUGAACAUUCAAAACCUGGUUCUGAACGAGUUCUUAACAAUGAGGAUAAGGAGCAUAAUGUCUUUAAAUCUGAACACCAGAAAAGAAGAAUAUCAUGUGAUAAAGUUCAUUCAUGUGAGGUAUGCAGUAAGACAUUCGAGUCCUACAAUACACUGAAAUACCAUAUGACAGUCCAUACUGAACAGGAAAUAUAUUCGUCUAAUGAAAAGCCAUAUAGUUGUGAUAUAUGUAAUAAAUCUUUUAGUCAAAAAGCACAUUUAACACGACAUUAUUUAAUACAUACUGGUAAGAAGCCAUACAGUUGUGAUGUAUGUAGUAAACGUUUUAACCAAAAAUCAAAUUUAACCCAGCAUUUGUUGAUACACAGUGGUCAUAAACCACAUAGUUGUGAUGUAUGUAGUAAAGUUUUAACCAAAAAGCAAAUUUAACGCAGCAUUCGUUGAUACAUACUGGUGAGAAGCUAUAUAGUUGUGAUAUAUGUAGUAAAUGUUAAAAAAAAAAACAAAUUUAACGCAGUAUUAGUUGAUACACAGUGGUCAUAAACCACAUAGUUGUGAUGUAUGUAAUAAAUAUUUUAGAGAAAGUCAUAUUUAACAAAGCAAUUGUUGAAACAUACUGGUGACAAGCCUUGUUAAAUGUAUACAUAAUAUGUAUUUGGCCAAAGAGCAAGUUUAACACAGCAUUUGUCGAUACAUU